CUUCUGUUCCUGUGCCAGAGUGACUCCCGAGGGGGCAGUGGGGCCUGUGACCGCACCGGGCGCCUCUACCUGUACCACUACAACGAGGAGCAGCCGUUCAUCCCCCUGACCGAGAUCCAGCGCAUCGACACUGCUGCCAUCCUGGACAUCAAAUGGUGCCACCUUCCCGUUGCGGAACAUCCCAUGGUUGGCAUUGCAAACUCCACGGGUGCUGUGGAGUUUUGCCACCUGACUGGCAGUGAGAAGAACAGCUGCAUGUUGGAGCCAUGCUUCAGGGUCGAUCUCGGGGCACAGCGACUGGCCUUGUCCCUGGACUGGUCCACGGGGCGGGAGCAGUGUGGAUGUCCCCUGAGAGUGAUCAGCAGUGAUUCAGAGGGGAAGCUGAAUCUUUUCUCCAUAGAUGAAUCUGCUCCUUCUGUGCAUGUCCUGAAUCAGUGGGAAGCUCACAAAUUUGAGGCCUGGAUUGCUGCUUUUAAUUACUGGGACACUGAUAUUGUGUAUUCAGGAGGAGAUGACAACCUGCUGAAGGGUUGGGACACCAGGUGCAGCCCAGAAGUUCCAGUCUUCAUCAGCAGGAGACACUCCAUGGGUGUGUGCAGCAUCCAGUGCAGUCCCCACCGGGAGAAUCUCCUGGCUACAGGCAGCUACGAUGAGCACGUACUGCUGUGGGACACCAGAAACAUGAAGCAGCCACUGGCUGACACCCACGUGGAAGGUGGAGUUUGGAGGCUGAAGUGGCAUCCCACGUGUGACUUUGUGCUGCUGGCAGCCUGCAUGCAGAGUGGCUUCAAGAUCCUCGACUGCCGUGGGAGCAUGGCUGAAAACACAGAGGAAUGUAUCAUCCUGUCAUCCUACGUCCUGCACAAUUCCUUGGCCUAUGGAGCUGACUGGUCGAGGCUGUGCCCAAGGGAUUCCUUGCCUGCAGCACAGCACCCUGCUGCUCCCUGCCUGUCUUCUGGGGAGCUCCUGCAAGCACCAGAGCAAGGAGACGAGAGGCUCAAUGUGCAGGUCCAAAACCUGAAGAUCAUUUAUGAGUCUCCCACAGCCACCUUUGAUGUAAUCCUGGACGAGGAGAGCGAAGGUCCUGCCGUGCCGCCGGGAGCAGGGGCAGCAACGAGGCUGCAUGGGGAUCCUGAGGUCAGGGGCUCUGGAUUAAAGGGAAGUUUGGAUUUGGCUGGAGGUCCUGCCCCAGGGGGAGAUCCUGGGCCAGCCAGUGCUUCUGGAGCCAGAUCUAAUGGGACAGGUCUGGACAGCAGUGCUGACUCAGCCAAGUCUCCAGACAGCCCUAAAGAAAUGAGCAUUGUGGCCACUUGUUCCUUCUAUGACAACAUCCUCCACGUGUGGAGGUGGGAGAUGAGCCUGGUGACCCCUUCGGACGUGCCAAGUCCUAUAUCUCCACCCAGAAGAACAGCUGAAAGUUUGCAUUGA